GAAUAAUUUCGAGCCCAACUACUAAGCCCACCGCCCCUCAACGCAUUCUCUGUGCACUCUUCUCCCUUCUUCUGUUCAUUUUUGUAUUGUAUAGACUCUCCACUCUUGUGCUGGGCGUCUCUACACGUUUUAUACCCUUUAUCCAACGAUUUUCGCUGUGGGCGCCGCUUACGCUUCAGCCCUCGAUUAAUCCCCUUCAUAUCGAUAAGGACCCCUCCAAAAAGAAAUCCCUCUCGCGCAAAGAAGAAGACGCCUUUCGUCUGCAGAUGCCACACUCGGAGAGUCCUCCCAUGGCUCCCGCUAUCGUCGUCGACAAGGCCGGCGCGGCUCCGGCGCCCUCACAAGAGGAUGUCACGGCCUUCGUUACCAGCAUCAUCACGGCGAAAACGUCGCACUCUUCAGUAGACGCUGCUUACGCCCUCACCACGGUCCUACAGAACUCGGUGGGCUUCCGUGGGCUCAAGGGCUAUGGCGUACUCGACGAGCUUAAGAAGGCGGCGACCAACAAGAAGGAUGCGGUACGGAGAGAGGGCGCCAUGAAUGCCCUCGGCGCUUUCUUUGAGCGCCUUACUCGGGCACAAAGGCUGACAGAGGCCAUUUUCCUCGUACAAGAGGAGACUCUGGUACCACUGGUGCUCGAUGCGCUCGCAGACAAGACAGGCUCGGUCAAGGAGUCGGCCAAGUAUGCCCUCGAUUCGCUCUUUGAAAAUCUGAGCGCCGAGGCAAAGAUCUUCGGUCUGCUGCCCGUGCUCGCAAAGUAUCUGGGCAAGAAAUCUGGAAAGUGGCAAGGCGCUGUCGGCGCAUAUGAGCUUAUCGGCCGUAUGGCAGACAAGGCCAAGAUGGGCAUGGAGAGCUUGGAGGUAGAGCAGGAGAAGGAUGUCCUGCGCGAGGCCAUGGGCAAGAAGCUCGAGGGACUGAUUCCCAUUGUCGAGGCCGGCAUGCACGACCUCAAGUCUGAGGUCACAAAACAGGCGCUGAAGACGAUGAACAGCCUCACUACCCUCCUCCAGAACGACGAUAUCGCACCCCGGGUACCGCUCCUUGUCAAGUCCAUCGAGGAUCCGUCCACACAGAGUCUGCAGAAGGCCAUCCAUGCCCUGUCGCAGACUACCUUUGUCGCUAUUGUCACGUCUCCCGUACUUGCCAUGGUUACACCGCUACUUGAGCGAUCCCUGAACUCUCCUUCCACUUCCCAAGAAGUCACACGUCAGACUGUCGUUGUCGUCGAGAAUCUGACCAAGCUCGUCCACGAUCCUAUCGAGGCCCGCGCCUUCCUGCCAAAGCUGAGGCCGGGUGUCAAGUCUGUUGUAGAUCGCGCCUCGUUGCCAGAAGUCCGAGAAAUUGGACAACGUGCGUUGGAUGUCAUUGACAAGGCUUUGUCGGACAGAGAUGGCAACGUCGACAGCGGCGCUAUUGCCCGAACUGAGCCGUCAGACGUCGCGAAGACCAUAGAGAAGCAGAUCAGUACCGCUGGUACCCUGCUCAAUUUCCCUGGGGACGCAGAGGUCUUGGCACUCACUAAGAAAUACAUCUCAGAGAUGAUUGCUGAAGACAUUGAUGAGCGACAGCUCAAGCGCAUUCCGCAACUCAUUACUCCUUAUUUGGAGCCGUUGCUCAACACCGGAGACGCCGAGAAGGUGGCAGAGGCCGUGCACAAGUUCUACGUGGACGAAGAUCACCGCAAGUUUGGCCAACCUGUUCAGGAAGAUGAUGGCGAGACCGAGAUCGUCAACGCUGUCUUCUCCUUGGGCUACGGUGGCAUGUUGCUCCUUUCCCACACCAACCUCCGCCUCCUCAAGGGUCAUCGUUACGGUCUUUGUGGCCGCAACGGUGCCGGCAAGUCCACACUCAUGCGCAGUAUUGCAGGUGGCAAGUUGGAAGGCUUCCCUCCCCAGGACGAGGUCAAGACAUGCUUUGUCGAGCACAACCAGGGUGAAGAUGCCGAAAUCACGAUUCUCGAGUACAUUGUCCAGGACCCAAGGUUCAAGGACGAGAGCAGAGAGCGCAUCAUUGACGUCUUGGAAGAAGUUGGCUUUACUUCCGGACCUGAGGGCAGACAGUCCGAGAAGGUCGGCUCCUUGUCUGGAGGUUGGAAGAUGAAGCUGGCUUUGGCUCGUGCCAUGCUGAUGCGAGCCGAUGUUCUGCUUCUCGACGAACCUACCAAUCAUUUGGAUGUCGCCAACGUUGCCUGGCUGGAGCAGUACUUGCGGAGUCACACCGAUAUCACCAGUUUGAUCGUUUCCCACGACUCUGGUUUCCUCGAUGCUGUCUGCACAGAUAUCUACCACUACGAGCAGAAGAAGCUGGUCUGUUACAAGGGUAACCUAGCUGAAUUCGUCAGACAGAAGCCAGAAGCCAAGAGCUACUACACUCUGUCUGAUUCGAUGAUCCAGUUCAAGUUCCCCCCUCCCGGCAUUCUUACUGGAGUCAAGUCGAACACUCGCUCAAUUCUCCGUAUGACCAACUGCACAUACACCUACCCUGGCUCAUCCAAGCCGUCGCUCACUGAUGCUUCUUGCAAUCUGUCUUUGUCGUCCCGUGUCGCGAUUAUUGGUGCCAACGGUGCUGGUAAAUCUACGCUCAUCAAGAUGCUGACUGGCGAGACUGUUCCUCAGGAGGGCAAGGUUGAGAAGCACCCCAACUUGCGUAUCGGAUAUAUCAAGCAGCACGCUCUCGAGCACGUUGAGAUGCACAUGGAAAAGACACCCAACCAGUACCUUCAGUGGCGAUAUGCCAAUGGAGACGAUCGCGAAGUGCUGAUGAAGCAAAGUCGUGUCCUGACUGCUUCAGACAAGGCGCAGAUGGAGACACCCAUUGACCUAGGUGACGGCAGGGGAGGACGCAAGAUUGAAGCACUCAUUGGUCGCCAGAAGUACAAGAAGAGUUUCCAGUAUGAGGUCAAGUGGAUGCACAUGCUGCCCAAGGAGAACACGAUGAUUUCUCGUGAGACCCUGCUUGAUAGGGGUUUCCAGAAGCUGAUCCAGGAGUUUGACGAUCACGAGUCGUCUCGUGAGGGUCUCGGAUACCGUGUGCUGGAACCAAAGGUCAUCUCCAAGCACUUUGAAGACUUGGGUAUGGACCCUGAGAUCGCGAAUCACAACGAGAUCUCUGGUCUCUCUGGAGGUCAGAAGGUUAAGGUUGUCUUGGCUGGUGCGAUGUGGAACAACCCCCAUCUUCUCGUCCUUGACGAACCCACCAAUUUCCUUGACCGCGACUCCCUAGGCGGUCUCGCCGUCGCAAUCCGCGAGUACAAGGGUGGUGUCAUUAUGAUCUCCCAUAACGAAGAAUUCGUCGGUGCCCUGUGCCCGGAGCAAUGGCAUGUCGCCGAUGGCCGCGUUACGCACAAGGGCCAUCUUGCCGUCAACAUGGACCGUUUCGAGGAUUCCCGACCCGGAAGCAGCAACGUGAGCAGCAACGUGAGCAGCGCGGCACCAAGCACGACCGGCACACCCGUUAUGAGUGAUGCCGAGGGACCGCAGGACGACAUGAAGUUCAAGGCGAAGAAGAAGAAGAAGAUGACUAAGAAGGAGGUCAAGGAGAGGGAGGUUCGGAGAAGAAUGAGGUAUAUUGAUUGGUUGAACAGCCCGAAGGGCACCCCUCAGCCUCCCAACACUGAUGAUGAAGCCGAAUAGAUGUUUUCCUUGGUUGGAGUUGACGCAUGAUGUUUUGAUUGCAUGGUACGGCGUUUGAUAGAGGGCUGUUUGCACCGCGCCCGGGUGCCUCGAUAGACCAUGAGUAGCCAUCUGGCAUAUGUUUGCAGAUCAAAAGUAUUUCCCUGUUAUUUCAAGCCGUCUCCCAGUGCUUGAUUGAUUUAUGUUGGCUUGAAUACUAAUACUAGUUAUGAAAUCUGAGUGUAACACACUGGUGUAGAGGUGCUGUAGUACUAUGCUUGUGCUUAUAGGAGCAUAGACUGGUAGUACUGUUACCGUGUGUGGUAAGUCAACGCACUUGUCCCCGGU